AUGGCGCCCGCAAGGAUGGCCUGGAGCCUGCCCGCGUUCUGCUGGCUGCUGGCCGUGCCCGCUCCCGCCUGGCUGGGCUCGGCGUGCCCGGAGCGCCAGUACCGCUUCCACGAGCGCUGCUGCAGCGACUGCGCCCCCGGGGAGAGGAUGCGGAGCCGCUGCACGGCCACGGCUGACACCAUCUGCUCGCCCUGCCAGGACGGAUAUUUCAGCUCCCAGCACCACCACGGCCUCUGCAACAGCUGCACCGUCUGCAACGCCUGGAAGGGCAGCGUGGAGGUGAAGCCCUGCGAGAAAACCUCGGAUAGGAUCUGCGCCUGCCGGGCGGGAUUCCAGCCGGCCCGGGGCACUCCCGGAAUUCCCCUGGGAAAGGAGUGUUCCCGAUGUCCUGCAGGGACUUUCUCCAGGGGAAAGAACGAGAACUGCCAACCUUGGACCAACUGCAGCACUUUGGGGAAGAGCACGCUCCGGGCUGGCACGGGCGAAGAGGAUGCCCAGUGCGGCACGGAAUUCCCGGAAAACAGGAGGCCCUUUCCCACGGAAUUCCCAGAAAACAGGGCUUCCUCUGCCACGGAAUUCCCAGAAAACAGGGCUUCCUCUGCCACGGAAUUCCCAGGAAAAAGGGCUUCCUCUGCCACGGAAUUCCCAGAAAACAGGGAUCCCUUUCCCACGGAAUUCCCAGAAAACGGCUCUAGAGCUUCCAGCCCUAGGGAGAUCCCCGUGGUCUGUCGGGAUCCCGGCGUUCCCACGGAGCCGGGAUGGGGCUCUUUAUCCCUGCUCCUGCUGUGCCUGCUCCUGCUGCUGGUGAGUGGAAUUUCCAUCCUGCUCCUGAUCGUCCAGGCAGUACGGAAAAAAUCCCGGAAUGGGCCUGCCAGGAGCGGCCAGCACAAGGGGAGCAGCUGCCGGAUCCCCAUCCAGGAAGAGCAGAUCGACUCCAACUCCAGCCUCAUCAAAAACUGA